CCGCUCUCAGCCACUUAGAACCGCCUUCCCCACCUGGCUAUUUGGUUGGCCAGCGCCCUUGUCGUACGUCAUUCACCCGCGCCACCCGGAAGCCACGGUUUAUAGCAACCGUUCUUAUUGCCGGUGGCUCUAAGGAACACAUCAUGGCGACGCCCCCUAAACGGCGGGCCCUGGAAUCCACAGGGGAGAAAGUGCUGCGCUAUGAGGCCUUCAUCUGUGACGUGCUACAGCGGGACCUGCGAAAAGUGCUGGACCAUCGUGACAAGGUAUAUGAGCAGCUGGCCAAAUACCUUCAACUGAGAAAUGUCAUUGAGCGACUUCAGGAAGCUAAGCCCUCGGAGUUAUAUAUGCAGGUGGAUUUGGGCUGUAACUUCUUCGUUGACACAGUUGUCCCAGACACUUCAAGAAUCUACGUGGCCCUUGGAUAUGGUUUUUUCCUGGAGUUGACACUGGCAGAAGCUCUCAAGUUCAUUGAUCGUAAGAGCAAUCUCCUCACAGAGCUCAGCGACAGCCUCACCAAGGACUCCAUGAAUAUCAAGGCCCAUAUCCACAUGUUGCUAGAGGGGCUUAGAGAACUACAAGGCCUGCAGAAUUUCCCGGAAACACCUCACCAUUGACUUCUUCCCCACCUCCUCAGACAUUAAAGAGCCUGAAUGCCUUUGA